UUUGUAAGAUCUGUGCUUUUCGUUAACUUGACAAAUGACAACUUAUCUAUAAAAGAUGUUAUUUAUUUUCCAAAGAAACAAACCUGAGUGUAUUAAUUUCUCAAAAAAACCAUAACAAGUUCAUCAACAUUCCAUAAAGAAAAUAAUUUCGUAACGAUUUCUUAAUUUCAUACCUUUCGGUGAACUUAACCUCAAAAUGCAAGCCAUCACCAAAGUUAGUCUAUACCGAAGUCCGUAUACAAUAUGUUACAUAUCAGAAGAUUUUUUCGUGCUUCCCGAUGAACAAAUAUACAAGAAUGUAGGUUUGGAAGCGGGCGAUUGUUGUGAAAUUAAAAUUACAGACGAAAGAACACGGAAAAGGAAGUAUUUGAAACUGUGUACCAGUGCUUUGUUUUUAAAACCGUUUGUGAAGGAAACUGCGAGGUCCCCCGCCUUUAGAGCUAACCUUUUAUCGAACUUGAACAAAUCGAGUGGGUAUCCAAGUAGUGGAACUGUGUUUCUAAAAUUGGUAUUGGAGCCACCGGAUAAAGAGAUUAUUGAUUAUGCUUGGAAUGAACGGAUACUUACAUUGGUAUGGACCAGAGUGGAGAUAGAGAAUGCAUUUUCAUGGUUGUCGACACUAGGCGGUGCUUAUUCUGCAUUGGGCGAUUACUUUGAACAUUGUGCCGAAGAAGCAGGAAGAAUAUCAAUACGACAGUACAAGCUAUCCAAGAUGCUUGGUGAUGACGGCCUUGCUGCUCGGAGUUGUUUAUAUUCGGCCCUAUCAUACUCACAAAAAGGAGAUUUAUCUCUGGCAAGGCAUAUAGUUAGGACAGUGGCCAAAUUUGCCAGACGAACGCAUGACAAACGUCUCAUGCGCAUGUGCCAGGGGGUUUGGGCUAAACUAUUAUAUUUGAAGUCAUUGAAAGGAUCUGCACAGGGUAAAACGGAAAGUAAUAAUGGUAUGGUAGUUAGAACUAUGUCAUAAGUGUAUUCAGACUUUUGGUACAUGAGCAUGUUUGUCCGAUUCUGGUGUUCCCUCGUCACAUUUGCAGGAUGCGUUUUGCUGGGCUCAAUAAAUAAUAGAAUAGAUGAAUAAUAAAUUUACCAAGACGAGAUAACAUUCAUGUAGAUGUCUUUAUUUUAGAAUUUUCCAGUAGAUUUUCCCUAACACUAACAUUCAAUUGUACAUUUAGUUCAUAUUGUAUUUUGUAAACAAGAAAAUUCUGAGCAAUAUUAAAUGUUCCAUGAGCAAUGAUUUGCGGUAUCCACCGUUUUGUUGAUAGUAUAAAAUAGCCUUGAGUUUUCCUUAUUUUAUAUGAUGAAGAUGGAUGACUAAAUCUAUAACAAAGGAUAAAAAUAUAAUUUUAAAAGUAAUUCCCGAAUUGUUAAAAAGUUAUUCUCGAACUUGAUAACCUGAUUCCUAUGACGAGUUGAGUGUUUGAUCACAAUAUUGAAUUUGUUCGAGACAUGUAUAAGAUAUUUCCACUAUAGAUAACUAAAUAUUUAGGGUUACUAAUUAUAUUUAGCCAUAACAACUUAUAACUAUGGGACAAUUUGUUAUAUACUUUCACUUUUAGAAAUUUCUUUCCUAUAUUGGGCAAUGUAAAUAAAGAUUUCAGUACAAUAAUUUGUUGUUGAAAUUUUUGCGCAUGGUAUUUACAAUUUAAAUUAAUUAAAAUUUUUACACAUUAACCUAUGCUGAAGCAUAUAAAAAUUUAAGAACGAAUUAAUGAAACUAGAUGUUCUGCGGAAUCAUGUUUUCUUUGGCUGUUUAUGUAUGUAAUAAAUACAAAACUAAUAUACUGCCUACUGUUUGAAUCCCCUUUUUUAGAUCACUAGGAAAUAUACCUAUGUCAAUUAGUCAAGCAUAAUUAUGACUGGGUUUUCUGGUUCAGGGUUUAAAAUAACUACCCAUUGUUAUAAGGCGUGAUUUUUAUAUGCUAAGUAAGUAAUUUACCAAAAACGUGGCAACAUGCUCAUGUGAUGAACAAAUUAGACCCUAAACUGAAUAGAAACAAGUAUUUCGUAACAACCUAAUAUUUUUGUCAACCCUGUGAUUUUUAUUUUCAGUUGUGAUUAGUUGGUGCUGUAAAUAAAUUUUAUUUCAAUGUUACUUUUAA